CGGCUCCUCUCCGCUCCGCUCUGCGCACGCGCUACCGUCGCCUUGGUUUCCUGGCGAUGCGCUGGCACCGUCCGUGCCGCGCUCGGAUUUGAUUCCUGUAUCUUAAAGCUGCGGUCGCUGAUUUGUGGGGAAAAGUGCGGAUUUGUGUGAGUCCAGCUGUUCUCGCUGUCCCGGAGCCCUCCUGUAAGCGCUGCCUGGCGGAACGGCCUCGUUUCCGUGAGCUGUGAUGGCAGGUUAGGCUGCGUUGAGCCCCGCAGGAGCGGAGCUGUGGCUGUGCACGGCUACCGGCGGCUUGGCCUUCACACGGCACUGAAUCCAGGCCCGAAAAAACUCCCGGGUAGACGGGCAGCUUUGCGUAGCCAAAAGAAACCUGCCGGGGUGCUUUGGAGGCUGAGCUCGGGUCUGAGCGGAGAUCCGAGGCCUCGCCGUGAUCACGGUGAGUGCGGUGAGGAAAGGCGAGGUGCUGCGGGCUGUUUGCUUUUUGCAUUGCAUAGAAGAGGAGAGAUCUGCGUAGGAAGGCAGUACUCAGAAGGAAAGUAGAGGUUCGGACAUCUCAGUAAUGGCGAAGGAUAAGAAGAGAGAUGGCAAGAAGUCAGAGAAGUCCGUCCAUCCUGUCCCUGCACACAGUGCUGCAGCUGAGAGCAGUCCCACAAAGCUGACAGCUCUGCACACCUCAGCCCACGGAGCGGAAGAAGCACAAGCAAGUGCAGCAGUGUCGGAUAAAGAACCAGAGAAAGCAGAGGAACCUCCCGUCCCACAUGUUCCUUCAUACUACGAGGAGCCCAUUCUUACUCAACUCAUUGUGAAAAGCUAUGAAGGUGACAAAGUUCGUAGGUUGUAUGAGGGUGAAGGUGUUGCAUUUUUUGAGGGAGGAAAUAUUUAUAAGGGCACGUUUCAUGAAGGGCUUAUGCAUGGACAGGGGACUUACACAUGGGCUGAUGGAGUGAAGUAUGAGGGAACGUUUGUUAAGAAUGUGCAGAUGGUUAAUGGAUGCUAUACAUGGAAUGAUGGCAGUAUUUAUGAAGGCUCAAUCAAAAAUGGACUCAGGCAUGGAUUUGGCUUUUUCAGGAGCGGUAUCCAUCCAGUUUCUUACGUUGGUUACUGGUAUAAAGGCAAAAGGCAUGGAAAGGGCACCAUUUAUUAUGACCAGGAACAUAUGUCUUGGUACUCAGGUGACUGGGUAGAUAACGUCAAAGAAGGAUGGGGAAUAAGAUGCUAUAAGUCUGGAAAUGUCUAUGAAGGUCACUGGGAGAAAAAUGUACGCCAUGGAAGGGGAAGAAUGAGGUGGCUGACAGCUGAUCAGGAGUAUGUUGGACAGUGGGUGUAUGGAGUACAGCAUGGAUAUGGCACCCACAUCUGGUUUCUGAAGAGAAUGCCUGCAUCUCAGUAUCCCCAGAGGAAUAAGUACGUGGGUGAGUUUGUGAGCGGGGAGCGCCACGGCCGUGGGAAGUUCAUCUCUGCCAGCGGAGCGGUGUACGAUGGCCAGUGGGUUCAUAAUAAGAAGCAUGGCAAGGGCAAGUUUGUCUUCAAGAAUGGAAAUAUUUAUGAAGGAGAGUUUAGAGAUGAUAAGAUGGUAGAAUAUCCUGCUUUUCAGCUGGAUGCAGUGAGUGCUCCAAAGCUGAAUGCCAUUUGCUCAGGAAGCUCUGAGACCAUCAGAAUCGUUAACACCUCAGAAAAUCCUUCUGCUCUGGGAUCAGAUGUUGAAUUAGAUAUAUCUUCACUGCUUAACUUGUUGCCAAGGGAAGAGAGACAAGAAGAAGUGAAACAAGUAGAAUUUGCUGUGUUGAGACAUAUUACAAAACUGAGAAGAGUUUACACCUUUUACAGCAGCUUAGGCUGUGAUGAUUCUCCUGACAACACCUUCCUUAUGACCAGGCUCCAGUUUUGGAGAUUUCUGAAGGACUGCUGCUUUCAUCACUCCAGUAUAACUCUUGCUGAAAUGGAUCGGAUAUUGAGUGAUGAUAAAACACCACUUGAGGAGAUACAUUCUCCAUACGAGACUUUACUGUUUAGAACAUUUUUAUCUCACCUUAUUCAUCUGUCAUUCCAUGUCUAUCAUGAGGAGCACAGGUAAGUUUCAUCUUUCAGUGAAAU